AUGUCCGGACAACUCUCCAAACAUUUCCGUGGAUCGUCUAGGACGUCCAACGUGUAUGGAUCGCGAUUUGCAUCACAGUAUAUGCCGGCGCAAUGUUUCCCGGAAGAGGAAAUGCCCAAAGAGGUUGCUUAUCGUAUGAUCAAAGAUGACCUGAUCCUCGAUGGACAUCCCAUGUUGAACUCACAGGAAGAAGAAGCCGAAAAGCUCAUCGCAGAAUCCUCCAACAAGAAUGUCGUCGACCAAGAAGAAUACCCCAAGUCCGUCGAGACCGAGCAUCGCUGCAUCAAUAUCCUAGCCAACCUUUUUCACGCCCCGACUGAAAACAAUGAGACCACGGCCAUAGGAACUGCUUGUAUCGGGUCAUCGGAAGCAAUAAUGCUAGCUGUCCUAGCUAUGAAAAAACGCUGGCAGAACGCCCGAACGGCCGCAGGGAAAGAUACUUCGUCACCGAACCUGAUCAUGAGCAGCGGCGUACAGGUUUGUUGGGAAAAGGCAGCGCGGUACUUCGAGAUCGAGGAAAAGCUUGUUCUCUGUACUUCAACGCGGUAUGUUAUCGAUCCGGUGCAAGCAGUGGAGCUCGUCGACGAAAACACGAUCGGAAUUUGCGCCAUUUUGGGAACGACAUACACGGGCCAAUACGAGGAUGUCAAGGGCAUAAAUGAUAUCCUUGUGCAAAAGGGACUUGACACCCCUAUCCACGUCGAUGCAGCUAGUGGUGGAUUUGUUGCUCCAUUCGUGAAUCCAAAUCUGGAAUGGGACUUUUCAUUGUCGAAUGUCGUUUCUAUAAACGUCUCCGGCCACAAGUAUGGACUCGUCUAUCCCGGGAUAGGCUGGGCUCUCUGGCGCUCAUCUUCUUACUUACCCGACGACCUCAUCUUCAACAUCGACUACCUAGGCUCGGAUCAGCUAAAUUUCACUUUGAACUUCUCCAAGCCUGCCUCUCACAUCAUCGCACAAUAUUAUCAGAUGAUCCGUCUCGGGAAAAGAGGAUACACUGCUAUUAUGGCUAACCUCACUGAUACAGCGGACUAUCUCACCAGUCAACUAUCCGGUCUAGGGUUCAUCAUCAUGAGCGAAGGUGGUGGCCAAGGUCUUCCAGUCGUGGCAUUCAGACUCGGGCCCGAGCAAGGGGUUCUAUUCGAUGAGUUCGCCGUAUCUGCGAAACUGCGUGAACGCGGGUGGAUUGUUCCUGCGUAUAAAAUGGCCGCCGAUGCAGGUAUGAGUAUGAUGCGUGCUGUUGUGCGGGAAGAAUUUAGUCGGAGUCGGUGCGAAAGCCUUGUUGGUGAUAUCCGGUGGGCGUUGAGGGCUUUGGUUGAGAGGGAAGUUUUGAAUGUUCAACGGUACCAAGCGUGA